CUGUGGAGGGUCAAAUCUCGCGCUCUGAUGUGUGCGGAAGUGCAGUUGAUUCGGAUAAUAACAGCUGGAUACGCUUCGUGCCAGAAUCCCAGAAGCGAAAAAUAGAGGGGAAUUAAAGGACUAGAAGUUUACAGAGAUGGACGGUAACUUGACGCUGAAUUUGGCCAACUUCAGCACUCUUUUCGUGUGUAUGGUGCUGAAGUUCCCGCAGAUAUUCGUGCUGAUGCGGGCCAGAACGAGCGCUGGAGUCAGUUUGAACAGUCUUCUGCUGGAGCUGGUCGGGUUUCUAGUGUUCAUGUCCUAUCAGAUGUACUAUGACUACCCACCCCUCACAUACCUGGAGUAUCCCAUCCUCAUUGCACAAGAUGUCAUUGUGCUCCUGUUGAUCUUGCACUACAACAGAAACCUGAAGCACAGCCUCAUAUACGCAGCACUGUUUGUGGGUGGAUGGCAGCUUCUUACAGUACAGAAGUGGGUGAUUGAUCUGGCCAUGAGUCUGUGCACAUUCAUCAGCGCCGGCAGUAAACUAGCACAGCUUCAGUGUCUGUGGCGCUCAAAGGACUCUGGGCAGGUCAGCACUCUCACCUGGGGUCUGGCCACAUACACAUGCAUGGCGCGGAUCUUCACCACCGCCAUCACCACAGCAGACACACAAGUCCUCAUUCGGUUUGUCGUCAUGACCGUUCUGAACACGUGGGUCACGGUUACUGUCAUCUACUACAAACCCCAUGCUAUAAAACAGGAUUAAGACUUGGCACUUUUUUGUUGCAUACAAUGUAUU